GUUAAGGUGGCACAUCAGCUUAUAGACACUGUCCAUCUGUCUCUAUAUCUAUGUUUGAGUCCAAAAUCAAGGACACCACAUAACUAAGACAUACAUACAUGUCAGGGACACCUUGCAAAAUUUGAAUGACGCGAUGGGUUGUCUCUAUACAUCGGUUCUCUUCUUAGGAAUCGUAUACGCAUCCUCGGUGCAGCCUGUGGUGGACAUAGAACGAACUGUGUUUUAUAGAGAACGAGCUGCUGGAAUGUAUUCUGCAUUGCCAUAUGCUUUUGCUCAGGUUGUUGUGGAAAUCCCCUAUAUCUUUUCCCAAGCUGUGGUUUUCGGGCUUAUAGUGUAUGCAAUGAUUGGAUUUGAUUGGACGGUUGUAAAAUUCUUUUGGUUCAUGUUCAUCAUGUUCUGUUGCUUGCUCUACAUGACAUACUUCGGUAUGAUGUCGGUCGCAGUCACACCGAAUACGGAGAUCGCUUCCGUUGUUGCUGCUGCGUUUUAUGGGCUCUGGAAUCUCUUCUCUGGAUACAUCAUCCCAGAACCUAAAAUUCCAGUGUGGUGGAGAUGGUACUACUGGGCAGAUCCGAUGGCAUGGACACAAUACGGUCUGGUUGUUUCGCAGUUAGGGGACUUUGACAGCCUGCUCAACAAUGGGGAGACAGUGAAGGAAUACUUGCGUCAUUAUUAUGGGUUCAAACACGACUUCAUUGGUGUUGUGGCGGGUGUUCAUGUGGGAUUCGUGGUUAUUUUUGCAGUUAUAUUUUCUUUUUGUAUCAAGUCCUUCAAUUUCCAAAAGAGAUAGAACUCCAUUGUCAAGGGAGAAAUAAUAUUGUUUGAAUAAAACGAUUUAUGAUCGAGUUAUCUGAC